AUGGCGCGUCUGGGCCGCGUUGGGUUUCUUACCCUGGCGGUGGUUUUCCACCUCAUAUAUGCCUAUUCGAUCUUUGACAUUUACUUUGUCAGUCCUAUCGUAAGUGGCAUGAGGUCAUUUGCGGUUGAACGAGAUCCCGAGAUCGAUGCCCCGGCCAGACGCCUUUUCCUGUUUGUUGCCGAUGGCCUACGCGCUGAUAAGGCCUUCCAACCAUUGCCUGAUCCCGACGAACCCGCUGGUGCAGCGAACAGCGAACCGAUUCAUCUUGCACCAUUUAUUCGAUCCCGCGUGCUUUCCCAUGGAACAUUCGGAAUUUCGCAUACACGAGUGCCUACCGAGUCGAGACCCGGGCAUGUUGCGCUUAUCGCCGGCUUAUACGAAGAUGUUUCGUCCGUGACAACCGGUUGGAAAUUGAACCCCGUGAACUUUGAUAGUGUGUUCAACAGGAGCAGACACACAUGGAGCUGGGGAAGCCCCGAUAUUUUGCCCAUGUUCAAGGAGGGAGGAGUUCCAGGCAGGAUUGAUGCGCACAUGUACACAGAAGAGGCGGAAGACUUUACAAUGGAUGCAACCAAACUUGACACCUGGGUUUUUGAAAAUGUCAAAGACCUGUUUGAAUCAGCAAAGACGGAUCCGGAGUUGGACGCGAAGCUGCGGGAUGAUAAACUGGUGUUCUUCUUGCAUCUUCUCGGUCUCGACACCACCGGCCACUCCUACCGUCCCUAUUCGAAGGAAUAUCUGCAUAAUAUCAAAAUCGUGGACAAGGGGGUCCAGGAGAUCACCAAACUUGUGGAGGAGUUUUAUGCGGACGAUAAAACUGCCUUCGUCUUCACUGCUGAUCACGGCAUGAGCGACUGGGGUAGCCACGGUGACGGUCAUCCGGAUAAUACCAGGACGCCCCUUGUCGUCUGGGGUUCGGGCGUAGCUAGUCCGAGGUAUACCCAGAAUGGUUUCCCGUCAGGGCACGAGGACGGAGUUUCAUCCGAUUGGGGCCUGGAUACGAUCAAGCGUAAUGAUGUUGCGCAAGCUGAUGUAGCAGCUCUUAUGGCCUACUUGGUCGGGCUUGACUUCCCUACCAAUUCGGUUGGUCAGCUUCCCCUACAAUACAUCAAUGCCAGUCCAAAGGAAAAAGCGCUCGCCGCCCUUGCAAAUACACAGGAAGUUCUGGAAAUGUAUCGCGUUAAAGAGGAGCAGAAGAGGGCCGCAGUGUUGCGCUAUGUACCCUUUGCGCCUCUUGCGGACCAGGGCGAAGCCUCCAUCGAGGAGCAUCUCAACCAGAUCAAAGUGCUGAAUGCAAAAGGCUCAUACGAUGAGUCAAUUAAGAUGUCUUCGACACUGUUUGUCACCGCUUUGGAGGGCCUGCGCUAUCUACAAACAUAUGACUGGCUCUUCCUAAGAACCAUUAUUACUUUUGGCUACUUGGGCUGGAUCGCAUAUGCCCUUACAACAGUCAUUGAUUUGCAUGUAUUGCAUGGUGCCACGGACUCCAAUCGGACCCUAUCGAGCACUAUUUUUUUUUCGUCCACUCUUGUUGCACUCUUUUCGGUCCUACUAUACCAGGGAUCUUCCUGGCGGUACUACUUUUACGCCUUCUUCCCCAUCUACUUCUGGGAAGAGGUUUUUGCUCGUAGAAAAGCGUUGACCGCUGGUCGCCGGAGUCUGUUGGGCCAUGUUCGGUCCUCCAGCGGGGUUUUCGUAUUAAUUUUACAAUCGCUGGCCUUCGUUGGCGUGCUGGAGGCGCUGGUGCAAUCCUACUUUUACCGGGAAAUUUAUACCGUCUGCUUUCUAUUGGGAGCAUUUUGGCCUCUAAUCUAUGGCAUCAGAUUUGUGAAGGCGCACAGAUUGCUUUCUGCACCCUGGGCAAUUGGCUGCAGCUUGAUGAGUAUUUUUACAUUGCUGCCUGCCAACAAAGUUGAGGACAUGAACAAGAUAACUUAUGGGGCAUUAUUGAUGUUCUUCACUGGCCUACUGUAUUUGUUGUUCGAAAACGAGAUCUUACGGCGAAGCAAAACUUCAACGCAGUCUCCAGCCAGCUGUGGUUCGCGAACUGUCAUGGGAAUGCAGGUUGGCAUGAUUCUCCUUGCCCUCAUAGUCACCAGGUCUAGUGCAGCCUCUAUUCAGGCUAAGCAAGGUCUUCCACUGGGUAACCAAGUGGUUGGAUGGUUUGUCUUGGUUGCCUCACUUCUGCUGCCAUUCCUGCACCGACUAUAUCCCCGCAGCCACUACUUGCACCGACUGAUGGUUAUCUUUCUCACCUUCUCCCCGACUUUCAUUAUCCUUACCAUUUCGUAUGAGGGUCUCUUCUAUUUUGUGUUUUGCAUGACCGUGAUCACAUGGGUUCGGCUAGAACAUGCUAUCUACGUCCAUACUCAUGCCAAGGAGGAAGGCAAAGGGUCUGCCACCCCCAAGAGAGCGAGUACGGAAUCGACCACGAUUGUCCAAGGUCAGACAUACAGGUACCGUGCGCUUGGCAUUUCUGAUGCGCGCGUGGCGCUGUUUUUCUUCUUUCUCCUCCAAUCGGCAUUUUUCAGUACCGGAAACAUAGCGUCGGUCUCCUCAUUUUCGCUGGACAGCGUGUACCGGCUCGUUCCGGUGUUCAAUCCCUUUAGUCAGGGGGCACUGCUAAUCUUAAAGCUCCUAAUCCCAUUCGCCAUCAUCAGCGCCAAUCUAGGGCUUUUGAACCGUCGGCUGGAGGUUGCGCCCAGCGCUCUCUUCAUGGUGGUCAUGUCCAUCUCGGACGUCAUGACGCUCAACUUCUUCUACAUGGUCCGGGAUGAGGGCUCGUGGCUCGACAUCGGCACGACAAUCAGCCACUUCUGCAUUGCCAGUUUCCUGUGCACGUUUGUAGCCGGGCUGGAAUUUCUGAGUGAGGUAUUCAUUAGCGGCGUUGACGUUGGGCCCACCGCCACCGCCGUCAGAGCCGCUGUCACGGAUGCUGUCAACGGUCCUAUCGACAGCGCUUCUCUGGGGAAGUGUGAUGGGGUGAAUGGGGCAAAGACUCGAUAG